AUGUGGCAAGCACGUGUGCUUAGCGUCUUGCUGGGAAGCCUUCAUUUGCUUUCAAGUGAAGCUGUCCGUGGAUCCACAGACUUGGAGAAGCUUGGGCGGUGCCAUGCUGUUGCAUGCACCUGUGCAAUCAAGGAGGCUGCUUUCGGCUCGCACGCUUGUGUCAGUGCCGAAUAUCCUGUGGACGACAAGACCACUGAGGGCGAAGCUGUCGAGAAUUGCAAGACGUCAUGCAAGGAGCACUGCCAGAAGCUGUCGCCGGGUGUUGAGAUCGAGUCUCACUGCACUGCGCACAAUCACCCCGAUGCCUGUGAAGGGGUGGAGGUGGCCUGCCUUGGGCUCGAACACUUGGACCAAGAGGAGGAGGAUGAUGGCAACAUGUUCGGUCGCUGA